GUCCUCGAUCCACGCAGUCCUCGAGGUCGUCGGGCCACCGUUACUGCCCAUUAUUUUCAAUCCAUGCUUGCGACAGAUAGGACAGCAACAUGGAAAAUUUCGCUACGUUGGAACCGGUAAGGCUCUACGCAUCAGCAACGUCGACGGGUGCUCGCCUGCUCUCGCGAAAUCAGCUGGUGUCGAAGCCUGUUGGUUCACCUUUGGUGGGCCGUCUGCCAAUGGACUUGCAUCUCCUCGUUCUAUCCUAUGUUCCAAUACCUGAUUUCCCCGCGUACAGUCGAUGUUCGCGCUCUACGGCCAACCUUGCUCGAAAUGAGACUGUCUGGGAGAAGCGUUGGAAGGCAUUGGGGGUAGAACAACACUCACUAUCAUCUGUCUUGGAGGACCUGGAAGCAAAAUCGAGGAUCCAGGUUGCAGCGAGUCGUGCAGCAGCUCCGCCGACAAUUGCAGUCGAUGAUGAAUUCGGGGACUUUGCGACUGUCGACGUUCUCAGCCCGCCACACGCUGAAAUGGGCGACUUCGUCGGCGCAUUUGACGACACUGUGAUCACUCCAAAGAUACCGAUGCCUGCAUAUAUGGAGCCUUCGUACAGGGAGCGGUACAUCCGGGCGCAUAAGUUACUCAAUCCCCUUACACGAAUACUGUCGUCGCCGCCCCACCUAGUACUCAAUGGACUAUCCGAUCUGGUGUCACAAACACUGCGAUAUGAAGCACAGACGCUACGCCUCCUCUUUCUCUUCCUCUCACCACAAGUGCAGCCCCUUCGGCAAUGGGAUACUCUUUCGUCGUCAUUGCGGUCGGCUAUGGACCGGUUCGACGCCAAUCUCCUUGCAGCAUUCGAUCUGGCAGACAGCAAAGCAGAUGAGAUAGGGAUGAAAGAUGCGGCAGAAUCCAGCUGGCAGAUUUGGGAUGGACGUGGUGACUGGGAGAUGGGAAAGGUGUGGGCCGAGAAAAGAGAGAUAUUCUAUGUCCAAGAGAGAUGGAAUCCCAUGGACAACUUUACGAAGAAUCGGGAACUUGAUUUUGACGCUAUGGACGAAUUCAUGACUGCGAUUCUCGGAUCCAUUGUCGAACAUGGAUCGCGUGCAGUACGCGUAUUUCCACUAGCAUCAGAUGUUCUCGUGUCUUUUGCUGACCGUGUCGCAACCGAAGUCGUUGGGGAAUAUGUGACCGCCCUUCUCACAAGGGCGCGCGAAAUCUCCAACGAGACUUUCCUAAAAGCAGCAGCGGCCAGUUUCAAGGAGUCUUGGCGCAUAGUAGACGCUAUUCUACAGGCAGCCAAAGCCAGCCCCAACUCCAAUGUGACGCAAACAAGGGCAGAGGAUGUCGUGUACCGGAUGUUUGAGAUUAACAUGGACGAGUACCUUGAUGAAGAGGUGGAGUCCGUAAAGCAAGCACUAGAUGUAAUCUGUAAAGGUUGGGAACGACAGCAUGCGGAAACAUCAUCUGCUAUGAACACCGCCCGGUUUCUGAGCUCCCAAAAUCCUGCACAAGUGAAGCGAAACGUCCUAGCCUCUUUUACCAGCGUGUUGCUGCUUCCCGUUACUAUUGUUCCAAGAACUGUCGGAGCUGUGGGUGGUGCCAUCAUGACUGGAGGCACAGCCGCUGCUCAAGGGAUUGCGAUGCUUAACCCUCAGAGAUGGGGAGGUGGUGGUGUGGUUACAUCCGACGGGUAUUCCAAGAAUUUGGCACAGGACGGCGAGAUGUUGUUCGAUAAUCCUGAUGAUAAUGAUGGAAAUGACGAGGACCCCUCGGAGAAGGAACCCCCGAAAUUGGAACUCUCAUCAUCUACCAUGGACCUUCCAUCGUCGGUUCCAACGCCUCCUGCCUCGAGUUUAAAUGGGGCUAUCACUCCGCUCACAGCGAGCUCUGGGAUUAAUCAGCUUGACCUUCUCCUUUCCCUUGAUGUGGCUUUGGAGCUCAUUCACGCCGAUCGUGAAGGCCUGAAGCGCGUUGAAACAUUUGCGGGAUAUCCAGGUCACUAUGGGCAUAGAGUUCGAGAUACUAUCGAGGAAAUUUUUAUCCUGAUGCUUCAGACGCUUAGUGAACGGCAUGUAACCAAGGGGUUUUCUGCUGCUAUCGAGCAAAUGGGAGCCUAUAAACCUGCUGAGCACGAAGAAACGACGAGUGUGGCUCCGCUCCUGCAGUUCUUUGAGCUUGUCCACAUUGGAGACACUAUCCAGUCUAUGGUACAAGUAUAUUUUGACAAGGAGCUUGCACCUCAUAUCGAUCGUCACGACUUCCUCAACGCAGUCGUGCGCGAGAAAAAGCGGUUCGAAAAUGCUCUGGAUGAUUCCGUUGCUGGUGGACUUAACGCUGGUACAGAGGUGUUGAUGAAUCAGGUGGAGCAUAUUAUUAUCACGUUGACACAACCACGGGAGUACUAUCCUCCGGAAGACAGGCCUCUGGAGCUUGGUGCCACAAAAGGGUGCAAAGAGGCUAUCAAGUGCCUGGAAAUGCAUUGUAAGCUUUUGAAGGGGAGCACGAGCAAAGAGGUCUUGGAAGUGUUUCACCAAGAGGUGGGGAUCCGACUCAUUGCGAUCCUGCAGAAACACAUCAAGAGGCAAAUUAUAUCCUUGAAUGGCGGCUUCCAAGUCAUCGCUGAUUUAAAUGCGUACCAUGCAUUUGUAUCGUCGCUUAAGGUCCCUUCGAUUGUAGCAGACUUUUCUCAUCUGAAGAUGCUGGGGCAUGUGUAUGUUGUUGAGGACGCUAAGGAUUUGGCGCAGAUUGUCAGAGACGUUACUCGGUAUGGAGGCGCAUACAAACCCGAGGACAUCUACGAGUUUAUCCAGCACAGGUCGGAUUGGAAGAAGAUUGAAAAAACAGUCGACAAGACGAUGUAUAAUCUCAGUUUCAAAGAGGACUGUAUUAUUUGUUAAAUUAUAGUGAUACAUUGGGUACACUUACAGAACCGUUCGCGCCCAAGUACGCUUAUCACAAUGUGUUGAAUGAUGUUCAGACACCCAGUAGCAGGCUAAUGUUGGCUUCUUCUGUUCGUUCGUGAGAAGACUACCAAGCAAAG